AUGUCACCCCUAUUCACAAUUCCAAUUACGCCAGAGAAGAAAGCGGAAUAUUUAGAAGUCCUGAUUGACUCAGGCGCCACCUCAUCAUUCAUGCACCCCCAUACCGCGGAAUCACUCUGCCUCCCACUCAUAGAUCUCCCUUCACCCCACACCGUCACUAUGCUUGAUGGGUUGAGCCCCCAGGCUGGAAAAAUCUGGAAGAAGGCUAACCUAACCUUCUCCUUCAAUGGCAAACGCAUGACAGAGACCUUCCUAAUCUGUAACACAGGGUCUCAUGCUGCCAUCUUGGGAUUGAAAUGGUUGGAUAACCACAAUCCAGAAAUAGAUUGGAACCUGCAAACCCUCUCCUUCCCCCACAAGCCACCAGAACACGCUGCCAUUGCUGAGGAGGAGGAAGCUGAUGAGAACACCCUUGAAGGAGUACCCCCUGAAUACCAUCAAUACGCCAAGGUAUUUGGGGAAGAAGAAUUCAACAAGCUUCCCCCGCACAGGCAUUAUGACAUUGGUAUUGAACUAACGGACAAAGGACCCCUGAACUCCCCCCUGUAUAGCAUGACUGACGCCAAGUCAGCCACACUGAAAGACUGGCUCAGGGACAAACUCAAGGCCGGGAAGAUCCGCCCCAGCAAAUCCUCAAUCAGUUCCCCUGUUAUGGAUAUGACAUUUCUUCUUUAA